AUGGCUUCUCCGACCCCAUUACCGACGGGUCACCGCAGAUUCGUUCCCAGUUCACGCGUCGCAUAUCAACAACCGGCCUAUGAGACCACAUCUCAAUCGCAUUACAAUUCGGAACUUCCUAGCAUGAUUUAUUCAAAAGCAGAGGCGAAAUCUCGCACGGCGCAUGCAGAUACUAUCCCUCUUGCUGACAGUUCCGACGAUGAAGCCCCAGAACCCAUCGCGUUCAGCAAGUCCGUACUAGCUAUACUUACGGAUUCCCUACCUCAAGAAAAGCGAGAGGCGGCUGCCACAUUACAGAACGGGUCAUCAGGCAGGAAAUGGGAUGGAAAUUCACCCCGCGGCAGUGAAUCCUCGUCCUCUUCGCGAAAGGGCGGAAGUCGAGCAGAGUCAUCCAAUACUAGUAGAAAUGAUGGCACUGAUGCUAUUACCCCUGCCCCACGACAGCGCGUUGUCCGCAUAUCGCGGCCUCGAUCCGGAAACCAAACACCCUCGCCCCCAAGAGCUUCGCCAGAUCGCGAGGAUAAAUCUAAGGAUGACAACCACCAUGAAUCAUACUCUCCGUUUAGGCAUAGAAUGCCAACAUCAAAAGAGGGUGCUACCUGCGAAAGAACUGGAGCAAGAAGCAUGUUCAGACCAAGAAAAAGCGACGAGGUUAUUGGAAUGCAAAGCUCCAUAAGGGUGAAGCGAGUUGGUAAACUUACUGGAGAAUUUUUGAACGGUCCAGCCCGCAGGGGAAUGCUACCUCGACGUAGCGAAGAGCAACAAUACUAUGAAAACGAAGAGCCCGUUAGCCCCUCAGAUGCUGAAAAGGACGAAGAAGUACGACGCCGUACCCCUUCACUACCGACAUAUGAGCAUUCUGCCAGGCUAGAAAGGCGCUCGCCCAGCGGAUCAAACCAUCGACAACUAUCUCCAGUACGGGUCCGUACACCUCCACGCCAGCCACCUUACCACGAUGAAUCAUACAGCAGAGAGAGCAAGUCGAAAGCUCCGCGUGUGUCAAGCCCAGUAUAUCCAACUCCAGGCAUGGGAGCAAUGUCUGGGUCCAAUCCUAAGGAACUUGCUCCUCCAGCCGAUAUUCAAGCAUACCAUGUCCCUCCAUUAUCGCAAUUUUCUGCGAGCCGUGACCAGGAAAACGAACCACCACCGACUUUCAAGAAAUCUAAACCGCAAAGUUUCGAUCUGCUCGAUAGAGUCGACAAACAUUCCCACCGACAAGACCAAAACCGGAAUGCCCACAAAUCUACUCCACAGGAUUCUCACAGGAAACCACUGGGAAGCAUGAGCACCAAUGCUCCUACUCCGCACAGGGCCCCUCCACCGCCUCCAAAAAUGACUGUUCUUGAAACAGCCACUGCAGCUGCAGGGGCAUCAUCAUCCUCCAGCUCCCGAAGGAAAAAGGCGAUCAUUACCGUCAACAACAAAGCCUACACCCGAUUGGAUUGUAUUGGUCGAGGAGGGAGUUCGAGAGUGUAUAGAGUCAUGGCCGAAAAUUGCAAAAUAUUUGCCCUAAAAAAGGUGAACCUCGAGCAUGUCGAUCCCACCAAUCUUGCUGGGUAUAAAGGGGAAAUCGACUUGCUCAAAAAAUUAGAAAAGGUUGAGCGAGUAGUCCGACUCCUUGAUCAUGAAAUAAACGAUGAAAAGGAAACCCUUAGCGUUCUUAUGGAAAUGGGUGAAUCUGACCUCCACACGGUGAUAAGACUUAAAGUGAACGCCGAAGACUCGAUAUUCGACCCCUCCUUUGCGCGGUUUUACUGGAAGGAAAUGCUUGAAUGCGUACAGGCCGUCCAUGAAUACGACAUCGUUCAUGCCGACUUAAAACCAGCAAACUUCCUUCUCGUGAAAGGAAAGCUGAAACUAAUUGAUUUUGGAAUUGCCGAUACUAUUGAGGAUCAUACCGUCAAUGUCCAUAGGGAACACCAAGUUGGCACCCCAAAUUAUAUGGCUCCUGAAGCCAUCAUCGACUAUAAUGCCACUAUCGGGCUCCCGUCAUCGGCCGGAAAGAUAAUGAAGAUAGGAAAACCUAGUGAUCCAAACAAAUGGAGCGUGUUUUAUGCAUUGCCAAUCCAAAAGUGGCGAUAG